AUAAUCAUCACUGUACAUACAUAUGCAUGUCCUAUACAUAUGUAUGACGCGCGCUACACGCGUCACACAUGCGCGCGCGCGACUACAGAGAACUGGCCUGCUUGCCUUGUGUGUGUGUGUGUGGAGAACAGAGCAAAGAGGGUGAGGAAUCAGAUGUACGUUGCGGAGUUGAUUUCCAAAGAAACGAUCGGAUUCUUCGGCAUUGCCAGUCCUCGCGACGUUGUAGGGACGAGGCCGAUGCGAGAUUCUCCAAGAUCCUGCGAACGUUGAAGACACACGUGGGGAAGAAAAUUGUGCGGCCGAAACAACAAUCGAAGAGAGCAAGGUGGUGCUUUUAUAUUCGGGACCGGCUUUGUGACCAACCGACCGACCGACCGACCGACCGACCGUCAUCUCGAUCGAUUCAUAUUCUUUGUAAUCCAACCAACUUCAUCAUGGAAGCGUUGAUACCUGUGAUAAACAAACUCCAGGACGUGUUCAAUACCGUUGGCGCAACCGUUUUACAACUCCCGCAGAUCGUCGUACUGGGCACGCAGAGCUCCGGGAAAUCGUCUGUAAUAGAAAGUUUAGUCGGUCGCUCUUUUUUACCAAGAGGGACUGGUAUUGUCACAAGACGUCCGUUGAUAUUGCAACUUAUAUACACACCCAAGGAAGAUCGAGAGCACAGAAGCGCGGAAAAUGGCACUUUGGAUCUCGAGGAGUGGGGAAUGUUUCUGCACACGAAGAACAAGAUCUUCAAGAAUUUCAAUGACAUUCGGGCAGAGAUCGAGGCCGAAACCGACAGGAUGGCGGGAGCGAACAAGGGAAUAUGUCCCGAACCUAUUAAUCUCAAAAUAUAUUCCACGACCGUUGUUAAUCUGACUCUCAUUGACUUGCCUGGUAUCACGAAAGUACCAGUAGGUGACCAACCGGAAGACAUUGAAAGCCAAAUACGCGAACUCGUGUUACAGUACAUAUGUAGUCCGAAUUCUAUCAUUUUAGCAGUUGUCACUGCCAAUACCGAUAUGGCCACGAGUGAGAGUUUGAAGCUAAGCAAAGAGGUUGAUCCGGAUGGCGGUCGAACAUUGGCUGUUGUUACGAAAUUAGAUCUCAUGGACGCCGGAACUGACGCUAUAGACAUUUUAUGCGGUAGAGUCAUUCCAGUUAAACUGGGUAUUAUAGGCGUUGUUAAUCGGUCUCAGCAAGACAUAAUGAAUAACAAAAGUAUUAAGGACGCGCUGAAAGACGAGGCCACGUUCUUACAGCGUAAAUAUCCAACGUUGGCCAACAGAAACGGGACUCCUUUUCUGGCAAAAACUCUCAAUCGUUUACUGAUGCAACACAUCAGGGAUUGUUUGCCGGAAUUGAAGAAACGAGUGGAUACGAUGAUCGCGCAGUAUCAAGCUUUGUUGAAUUCGUACGGCGAGGACAUCGAGGACAAGAGCCAGACCUUGCUGCAAAUUAUCACGAAGUUUGCGAACAGCUAUUGCGCCACGAUAGAAGGCACAGCUCGGAACAUAGAACUCACACAGCUGUGCGGCGGCGCUCGUAUUUGUUACAUAUUUCACGAGACGUUUAGCAAAACUCUGGAAUCGAUCAAUCCGUUGGGAGGUCUCACCAAAUACGACAUACAGACCGCUAUUCUCAACGCGACCGGUCCUAGGCCAGCUCUCUUCGUGCCGGAAGUCUCGUUCGAGCUGCUGGUCAAACGGCAAAUACGAAAAUUAGAGGAUCCCUCGUUACAGUGUGUGGAACUUGUGCACGAGGAGAUGCUAAAAAUAAUACGACACUGCGGCACCGAGGUGCAAGAGGAGAUGAUGCGUUUUCCCAAACUGCACGAACGUCUCGUCGAUGUUGUUACGCAGCUGCUGCGUAGGCGGCUCCCGGCUACCAAUGCGAUGGUAGAGAACCUGGUCGCGAUAGAGUUGGCGUAUAUUAACACUAAGCAUCCCGAUUUUCACAAAGACGCGGCAUUCGUGUCGUCUUUGCUAAAGGAAGCUGACGAUCACUUGAAGGAUAACAAACGAUUAGUUUCAUCGUCCAAUACUAUACUUCUUCAUGACACAUUGGUCAAUUUUCAAGACGAGAUGAACUCUGUUUCCGAUCAGAAAGAACAGGGACAGCAAAAUCAUCGGUUAACUAGCUUGUUGCAACUGCAAAACAGAACGGAAUCGAGCAAUUCUUUGGACAAUUCUCCGAUUCACAGACUGCGUGAGAGCAAUAGCUCACAACAUUCGAGUUUAGAUUCUACGAAUCCGUCGCCCGAAGUACAAAAAGCGUCGUCUACGCAACAGAAACCGGUUAACUUGCUCCCCGCUGUGCCAAUACACACGUUUCUGACAUUCAGCGAGCGCGAGAAACGAUAUUGUGAUGUUAUCGAGAGACUUAUAAAAUCGUACUUUUAUAUCGUACGAAAGUCCAUUCAGGACAGUGUACCAAAGGCUGUUAUGCAUUUCCUAGUCAACUACGUAAAAGAUAAUUUGCAAAGUGAACUCGUCACACAUUUGUACAAAUCCGAUCAGGCUGAGGCUCUGCUGAUCGAAAGCGAGCACAUCGCUGUUAAGCGCAAAGAAACGGCGGAUAUGCUUAAGGCAUUGACUCAAGCUGGUCACAUCAUUAGCGAAAUCAGAGAGACGUAUAUGUGGUAACGCCUAGAAAGCUCGCGCACGCCAUCGGAGUCUAGUUAAAUAUAGGUAUUACAUUAAUGUGUUUUAACGAAUUAAGUGUUGAAGAGAAUGUACUUUACCAUAAUGUGUAUGAAGGACCACAUUGUACAUAACUCUUAUCUUUCUCAUAUACAAGUAAGAUAUAUAUACAUAUAUAUUUAUAUGUAUAUAUAUAUAUAUGUGUACAUGUGUGUGUUGCAAUUUGCGAGCGAUGGUCCUAAAUACAUGUAUCUCCACUUAACUUUUACGAGCAUGAGAAGAAACGAUAACACAUUGCACACCGUAAAGAGUAUGCAUUUGCGCAGCCGAAAUUGAAGAAGAAAAAAAAAACAAAAAAAAACAAACAAAAAUUGGUUCGCGACCGAUGCAGUUCGGGCUCGAUUUUCUACCGAUCGUUUUUUAUACAUACAGAUGUAUACACACACGUCGAUAAAUUGUCGAAACUUUACUUUUUCUUUUUUUUUUUUUUUUUUUUUUUGGAUAAUCUUUUCCGAAGAAUUGUGUAAUGUAUCGUGUAUCACACGAGAGCACGCGCACAUUGUUACGGUGCUUGAUUAAGUUCAGUUUGAUUCUCGCAUCACCUCGUGUUAUGCUAGUCGUUAAUAAGAACGCCAUUUUACGAAUGAAGAACCAUUUUUGGUGAGUCAAGCUCCAAGUAAUGAAACGUUUUUCCCUAGAAGAUCCAGAAGUAAACGUUGUUGUUAACGGAUUGUAUUGUAUUUUUCACAGAAUCGAACAAUAAAAAGAAAAAAAAA